AUGAAAGCCUUGCGUAACCAGACAUUGCGCGCCCAUAUCAUCAAACUCUUCGACGCUGCCGGCAUUGACGUGUUCUGCCAGAUCCCAGCGUCGGUGCCGCGCGAUACGUCCGCCGCCAUACAGACGUUGAGACACCGACGUGCUCAGGAGAUCGAAGUCGAGGACGCCAUGAACAAGUCCAGAUUCAGGCGCAGUCGCGCGCACUCGACAGCCCAUAUCAGUCCCGGUAAACGUGCAGCAUUGGCCAGCCUAUUCGAGACCUGUCUCCAGUCACGCGCCGCUGCCACCGCCAGCGCGCCUACACUCGCCAAGCCCUGGAACGCGCCCGACGCCCCUCACUUGGCCAGCGAGAAUCGUCCCCCAGCAUUUGGCGCGCCGUCGCGGAAGGGAGGUCAUGGACAUAAUAAAGCGGCUCCGCGGCCGACCGAGGAAUCACGAGCGACUCCGUCGCACGCUCGAGCGUCUAAGUCAACGCCACCACUGGCGAAGUCACUCAAGGCGGCGGGCGUGCACAUUCUGGCCGCGACUGCGAAUCUGCGAGAGCUCAGCGACGAGCGCGAGAGAUAUUCGGGCACAUACCUGACUAUCGGAAGCAUAGCGGACUGCAUCACAAUUGCGAAGAAAGAGAUUGUCGAUAAUGCGAGCAAAUUGUGUACAGCCCAGGAACAAGGUAAGGCGGGAGACAGAGGAAGUCAGCAGGCGAACUCUGCCAGUUUGGUCCUGGAGCACGUCGAGUAUCGCGACAUAGGCCUUCUCUACCUCGUCCAGAACGCAGUAGCGGAGACUAUGGAAGGGAGCGGAGAUUGCCUGCUCGAGGACAUGGUAACCCUCAAAACCGAGACUAUGACACGACUUACCGCUGAGUUGGGCCGUUCGGUCGUCGACUUCUGUCCUGGAACACAUUUCACCUUCAUGAACCCGGCCAUGCUCGUGCCUCCUGCUUCCGGUCAACACUCGCAGCUCGCUCGUGCCCAUGUGCCGCGCCUUGUUCAUCUCUCGCAAAGACUUCUGGAAGGUUAUAGUCAGCUGCAGGGUAGCGGUCGCAGAGACGUAGUAUUGAGCCUCCCCGCGACCGCAGCAGGUCUGCAGGCCGCGCGCCAAUUGACGACCAUAAACAACCGGAUACGUAUCUGUCUCACGCACGUCGUCAGCGCCGCGCACGCGACGCUCUGCGUGGGGCCAGGCGCGGCAUGUCUGUCCGUCCCUGUGGGUCCGGUCAUGGCGUGGCACAGGACCCAAGCGCGCCUUUACGCCGGAAUCCGCGCUGAGAAUGCCUUCGCGCGCGGUGUGGAGGCAAUCCAAGCGAUCAUUCGUUAUUGCCAUACCGCCCUACCCAGGAUCGACGUGAUUGGGACGGAGUUUGGCAAUCACUACCAGCUCGCGGCGCUCUGGGAGUUCGACGCGGUGGCAUUGACUCACGACCAACUGCAAGCGCUCCCGCUGCUCAAGCAGAAGCUGGGCCCCGCGAGUGACCGCAGUUCGUAUGCGGUGUCGAAGGCUAAAGAGGCCGAUAGAGUGAGCUCCGCCGUGAGGGAGCGCCCGCUGGACACGCUCCCCGUCGCCGAUGUCUCCGCACUCGCGUCCAUCACCCAGAGAGCCAUUGCGAGGAUGAACCGGGACAUGGAAAAGGUCGAGAGAGUUCUGACCGCAGACAUCGCAAAGGCGUUGAGGGCGGAGGCCGAACGACGGGAGACGGAGCUAGAUUGGUGGGACGUUGACGGGGACUGCUGGGCGGUGAUUGAUGCUGCGCGCCGUGCGGGAACGGAUGCUACUGGCCCGGUCGUCGUCAUUCACGACGAUGACGUGGGGGACGACCAAGACAACGCCGCAAACGAGGUGAACACCGUGGCAUUCCCGGAUUCAAGCGCACGAGAGGAGACGGAGGUCGAAUUUUUCUGA